GUGGGUAGCCUAUCCCUUCUUCAGGGCAUCUUCCUGAGUUCCUGGCCCACAAGAUUUUACUCUUUGUUAUUGAGUGUAGCUAUGUAUUUAAAGUUUUAACUUGUUUCUUGUAUAUCCUUCUAGAUAGACAUCCUGUAUGUACAAAGUCAAGAAGAAUAUGCUUAUUGUCCUUUCUCUUGUACACAAAAGUUAGCAUACUGUGUUUUGUUUUUCUUAGCAGCAAGUUAGAGAAUAUUUCCAUUUGAUAAAUCAGAGGGCUCGUGUAGAGAUUGUUGGUUUGUUUGUUAAAGAGACAUGCUGAUUUGACUCUACAUGGUUUAUUUUUAUCAGAAUGGGCAUGGACCUCUCCUACCUCUACCUAUUUUCACAUUGUUUUUCAUAUGUGAUUUAAAAUGUAUCUGUACUCUUAAUUAUUUUCUUCAAAGUAAAGAUUCAUCAGUUUGGUGUUAAUUCUGCCUCCUAAAAUGUUAUUCUUGUAUUUCUCAUAAUAACCGUAACUCUUCCUUUAAAUUUUAACCGUUUGUUGAAUUAGUAAUCUGACUACUUAUUUAGGGUCACAGAGCUUGUAAAUAAAUUUGGCACCAGACUUGUACACUGAACCUCUGGAUUAUAUAUUAGUCUCCUUUUUUUAUUUCAUUUUUUUUAACACAAUAAAGGGUUUUUACUUUUAAAUGACUAUCUGUAUAUCAAAUAAUAACAUGUUAACAAAUUCUUGAAUUCUGUCAUCUAGUAAUUUUGAUUAAAAAAUGCUAAAAGUAGCCCAAACAAUUUUACUAGCAUUCAUUGUAUUUUUAGCCAGAAAAGACUGUUUUAAGUCUAGAUGCUGCUUAGUACAGGUUACAAAUAACUACUUACUAUUUUUUUCAUAGAUAAAGCCCCUGACCUUCAGAAAGCUUUAGGGGAAAAAAAUUAAUCCCCCUUUUUAAGUUAAAAAUUAAAAAAAUAUAUACCUACAAAAAAAGUCAGUGUGUGUGUAUAUGUGUAGACACAUAUUUGUCACUUGAGCUAAAAGAUGUAGGAAACCAGACAAUAUAUGCCUAUUAAAUUUCUAAGAGGUGGCAAGGUUAAAAAAAGAAACAUUUGGAUAAGCUCUAAGUUUUUACAAGGAAGCUAGAUUUACUAUUUUCUAAAAAUGAGAGGACCUACUAUAUAAUAUACAGAAAUAAUUUAAUGCCUUUUCACAAGAAUAUAUCUUGAACUAGUCCAUGGGACAGGACUUCUUCCCUGGUCCACUGAUGUGGUAGUUUUAUGGAUCUGCCAGAGUUGCAGACAAAGGCCGAGAGGUUAUCUAGGACUUCAUCCCUGUUUUGCCAGAAGUAAACCUGAAGGAUAGUCAUCCCUGGGUCUCCUUUUCCACCUCACUGCUGCGGCUGCCAUGGCAUCCAGAGCUCUGGCUUCUUUGACUUUGAGCCCUUCUCCCUCUGUAGGUGGUCAGUUUCAAUUUCAGCUGCUUUGGCCUGGUUUCGCCUUAGGUUGCUUGUGAACCUCCGACAUCAUCUCCUAUCCUUUAAUUUUCACAGUAGUCCUCUGAAGUAAGUAUGUAGGCAAGGAAGCAAGCUAAGGUAGAGUGUCUAAGUUUCUUAUGGUCACUUGCUUUUGUUUAUUUCAUUCCAAACCUCAUGUUUUUAUUGUGUACUACCUCCACUCUACCCUGAUUGAUAAUAGGAACCUUCAAAACCAUACUGUCAAACUCUUGCACUUAAGAAAAUAGUCCAGUGAUUGUUUCUGUGGCUUCAUUUUAUAACCCUUACUGUUUUUUGUCUUAGCUCUCAGGCCAUUUCUGAGCAACAGAGGUUACAAGUACUCCACUGAACAACCAGUUCUAAAUCCUGUCAUCAAAUCCUGUGCUCCUGUUCCAAAUGGUAAUAGAUGCCUAAUAUUACCUUUACGUGAAAGAAAUGAGUGUAACUAGUAUUGCAUUAAGAGUUGAAACCUGGCUUUCAGCUACAUGGCAUGUUAAAGUGCCUUUAACGUGGCUAGAAGCUUGUAUUAACUGGAUCCAAGAAGAAAAUGAUAAUGUUAAUUUGAGUCAGGCACAAAUGAAUAAACAAGUGUUUGAGCAGUGGCUCCUUACUGAUCUGAGAGAUUUGGAGCAUCGUCUUUUACCUAGUGGCAUUUUAGAAACUCCAAAAGGAGAACUGAACGGAUUUUUUGCUCUGCAGAUUAAUUCAUUGGUUGAUGUAAGUCAGCCUGCAUAUGCCCAGAUACAAAAGUUGAGAGGAAAGAAUACAACCAAUGACCUAAUUACAGCUGAAACACAAGUAACCCCAAAACCUUGGGAAGCAAAGCCUUCACGAAUGUUGAUGCUACAGCUAACUGAUGGAAUUGUACAGAUACAAGGAAUGGAAUAUCAGUCUAUUCCAGCUCUGCAUAGUGAUCUUCCUCCAGGUACAAAAAUUUUGAUUUAUGGAAAUAUUUCCUUCCGUCUUGGUGUUCUCUUGUUGAAACCAGAAAAUGUGAAAGUGUUGGGAGGAGAAGUCGAUGCUCUUUUAGAGGAAUAUGCCCAAGAAAAAGUUCUUGCAAGAUUAAUUGGGGAACCUGAUCCUAUAGUUUCAGUCAUACCAAAUAAUUCUAACCAAAGCAUCCCCAGAAUUACGGAUGUUCUAGAUCCUGCAUUGGGGCCUUCUGAUGAAGAACUCUUGGCAAGUCUUGAGGAAAAUGAUGAGCUUGCAGCAAGUAAUAAUACCCGUUUGGAAAGAGGUUGUUUCAUAGGUAAUUCCUCAAAUAGUGUUCCCAUCAGACAGUCAGAUUUUGAACCAGAACUUGUUAUUUCUCCAAGGCCAAAGCAGAAACCACGAAACCAAUCUAUGCUUUUUACUGAUGAGGAAUUAGAUGACUUUUCAUUGGAGGAGGCCUUGCUUUUAGAAGAAGCUGUCCAGAAAGAAGAAAUGGAGACCAAAGAAUUACAACUAUUGACUUUGAACAGAGCUACAGAUGAAAGUAUAGAGAAGUUUUCACAUAGAUCUAAUACUCUAAAUAGUUUUUCUUUUAUUUGCAAAAAUGGAAACAAUAAUUGGAGUGAAAAAAAUUUAUCUGAGCAAAUGACUAGUGAAGACAAAUCUCUUAGUUGUCCAUCUACUAGAGACCAAAACAGUAGUAGUCUUUCAGUUAAUCAUAAUGUACCCCUACCCCAUGAUUUUACAAAUAAAGGUAAGAGCUCAGAGACACAUAAAAUAAAACAAAUUAGCAGUUCAGAUGGACAUUCCUUAAAUAAUAAAAUGUUCAAUGGAGAGCUGGUCAGUAAUAUACCAAAAAGGAGUUCAGAUGUUCCUAAUGAAAAUGAGCACCAUUUACAGACUUGUUCUUUACAAUUGUCAGAGAAUAGCACUGGACGUUCUAUCACCAUGGAUUUGUAUUCUCCACCCUUUAUCUAUUUGUCUGUUCUAAUGGCCAGCAAACCAAAGGAGGUUACAACAGUGAAAGUCAAAGCAUUUAUUGUAACCUUAACUGGAAAUCUCUCAAGUUCUGGUGGCAUUUGGAGUGUAAGAGCAAAAAUUUCUGAUGGUACUGCAUAUCUAGAUGUAGACUUUGUAGAUGAAAUACUUACUAGUCUGAUAGGGUUUUCAGUAUCAGAAAUGAAACAGUUGAAAAAGGAUCCUUGUAAAUACCAAAAGUUCCUGGAAGGUUUGCAGAAAUGUCAGAGAGAUCUAAUAGAUUUGUGCUGUCUGAUGACUAUUUCAUUUAAUCCCUCCUUGUCUAAGGCAAUGGUACUGGCAUUACAAGAUGUUAAUAUGGACCACCUUGAGAACCUAAAGAGGAGAUUAAAGAAAUAAUUUGCUGAAAUAGUAUUAAGAAACAAUUCAAAUAAGCAAGGAAAUAUUUAGAAUUAAAUUUGUCCUUUUACUUUCACAACUUUUUGAAAAGGAAGUUUCAUAAUUGAUUUCAGUUUAAUUUUAAAAUGCUUGAUCAUGAUUGUGUGUUUAAGUUUUUUUAAUAAACUUUUUU